CAAAAUACCUAACCCUUUUCCUCUCGGCGGCGGCGUAUUAAGGUCAGGCGAAGGCAGCGGUGGCGACGAACGGCGGCAGCGGCGGCGGCGGCAGCGGCAGCGUUUUGUUGUUGUAAAAAACCAACACAUGGUGAUGGAUGUUGUUGGAACAAAGUUUGAGACACAUAAGAAUGAGGAAGAAUCUACACUUGAAGAUAAAACUAUCUACGAGACACAUCAACUUAUAUUGGACGCCAUACAUGCUCGGAUAGAGGCAAGGCGGCCGGCGCAGCAGCGUGAAGUCGACCCAAUACAUCCGACCGGGGGUUCAGCUCCAAAUGCGCCAUCCAUCGGCAAUACCCGUAUCCAAAUCACCGAUGAUUCAAAAAAGUCGGAGACGGCGAAGAAGAAACGACGAUGGGAUGAACCUGAUGUUGUACCUGAAUCCAGCCAUAGAAGACGGUCCCGAUCAUUUUUUGAGACGACCAAUAAGAUGGAGAAUUUGAAUGCGAACGAGGAGAAUUGUAUCAAUGGGCUAGGAGAUUUGGAAGCUUCGGUGUCCAUUGAUCGGUCGUCCUAUAGCAGUGAUGGUCGUACUCCGAGACCUUUAGGUGUCGAACAAUAUAUCCAACAAUUAGAGACUGAGCUAAAGCUUGCGAAAGAUGGUUUACAACGCAUGGACGAUCGGAUGACAAGAAUUAUGCAGCAUCAAGAGAGGAUGUUUGACACUAAUCUCGCGAUCAUGGAAGAGAUUCGCCGGAUCGAAGCCCAUUUGGACCGCCGUGGCCCCGAUGGCGAUGUAAGAGCUCCUCCUAUUACUUGAUGUAUAUAUUGAAUAUACUUAUAUUUAUAUUUAUAUUAUGCCUUAGAAUAUUGAGUAAAUAUUCUCUGGCUAAUUAAUUUACUCAUAGAUAUUAAUGAUAUAUAUAUAUA